AUGAUUUCAAACAAUGGGUCAUUCAUUGGGCCAUCGUCAUAUGAGCAGUUUGACAUUUCACAGUAUCGAAAAUUUCUGAAUAAAUUACAAAAUCGUGCAAGCGAAUUAUGGGAGGCAGCACUGUGUCGUGUUCCUACUUCGAAUACAAUCGAAUUGCUAACAGAGCAUAUGAUGAUUCGAGAAUCCCUGCUGGAAAUCGAAAUGAUGCAAAAAACAUUUGCAGGCAGCUUAGAAAUUGAUUCAACAUAUUCGGAACAGCGUAAAGCAGCCCUAACAGAUUUUGUGCAAUGGGCUGAUUCGGUUGGAAUCUCUCAUUGUUUCGUAGAAAUUGCAUAUGACGAAGAUAUGGAUGGAUUUGGUUUGAUAAGCUCGGAUUACGUUACAGUUGGAGCAGAUUUGUUAAGAGUGCCUCGAAAGGCCAUCUUUUCAUGGGACCAGGCUCGGAGAUCAUCUUUCUUAAAGUAA